AAUUUACCCGAAACCACAUCUAAUCACAGUUUGAGCAGCGGAUUUUGAUCGAGAAAUCCCCUUGGAAUCAAGUUUCGUACACAACUUCUUCCACUCGACCAUGUGGCCGUUUAGUACCACUGCUUCGACAUCCGCAUCUCAGGACUACGGGAAUGCAGAUCAAGCGACAUGCCCGAUCGACCAUCGAUCCAAAACAGGAGACCAAGGAAAACCCAAAGAUCACUUGCCCGUCCUUAUUGCCGAUUCCAAUCGACUACCAACCGAUCGAGUGAUUUCCUCAAUACCACGCUACCGACCUGAACUCAAUGAAAACAAUCAAGCACUAGAGAGGGAUGGUACAAGAAAAUACAUCCCAAACGAUCCUAGUCAACAGAAUGCAUGUCCGGUCGAUCAUCAGACUCGAAUUGCAACAGCAGCAGCAGCAGCAACAACAGCAACAACAACGGGGACUACCGCAGAACCACAGGCAGAACAAAACUGGAUCUAUCCAUCCCCAUCGCAAUUCUACAAUGCACUGAAACGCAAGAACAGGAACCCAAGGGCGGAGGAUAUGUACACCGUCGUCCCGAUUCAUAAUGCAGUCAACGAGAGAGUCUGGAGACAAGUCUUGGAAUGGGAAGCCGGUUACGGCCGAGGCUCGUUUGAUCGCUGGCCCCGCUCGGGCAAAUCUGGGCCGAUGUUGUGUAGCUUCAGGGGCAGGCCGGAUGACUUGAGUCCUAGAGCAUGGAUUAAAGUUCUGUCAGGUUAUCAAGCGCCAUUCGAUCGACAUGAUUGGGAAGUGAUCCGACCGACGGAAGAGAAGAUGCGAUAUGUGGUCGAUUUCUAUCCUGGCAAGGGCGCCGACAGCUCGAUCGUCCAGCCUCCUACCGAUCCCUCCGGCACUAAUCAUCAGCAUCAUCAAGCAGGAGUGCCCAAUCUGUCGUUCUAUUUGGACGUCAGACCUGCACUCGAUAGUUGGGAAGGCGUCCGGAUGAGACUCCUGCGCACUUGGGAUGACAUCUUUUCUUCCCCUCCUAGUUCGCCUGGAAAAUCUGAUCAAAAAGCUUGAGAACAUAUUCCCUCCUCAUGCCCUGUUCCAUACCAUCUAUUCCUUCGUGCUUCUUACUGCAAGUUGUUCAUGGAAAGAGAACCAACUUAUAAGCCAAUGUAUCCCGACAAUACAUAUAUGAGAUGACCAGAAUGAUUGGAGAUGUUGCG